GGACUAAUAGGUUGCUGAAAUUUAUUGCCCUCUUUACAUCUAAGAUGCCUCUUAUCCCUGUCACGCAAUAUGUUUGCCAAAUGGAUUGAGAUUAAUAAUAGAUUAAUGACUCUGGCACUUUUUUGCUCCAUCAGUACUUUUUGUGCUAGGCUUUGUAUUUUUUGCAUUUAUAUAAUAUUAUUAUAUGCUUUGUGCAUAUCAAAUGUAUAACUCUAAAAUGAAUAUAUCUAUCCAUAAAAGUAGUCAUAUUUGUCACAAAACAAGAAAAGUAAAUAAUAUAUCAUAAUAUAUCAACAACAAGUGAUCAAUUAGCUUUCUCCCUCCACAGUAUUUUACCAUUAGUAUUUAAAAUAUCCCACAGACUAUUUCACAUCUCUUUUCUUUGCUUCCUGUAUUUUAAUAUUUAAUGACAUAGUUAAGAGUUCAAAUGCUCCGGCAUUUUUUCACUCUACAUCUUUACACUUAUUCUUAUUGUAAAAAGAUGGAAUGUGACCAUCAGGAUGAACAUGGUGGCCGGCUACCGGCUGGAUCAAAAUCCAACUUUCAUGACGAUGAGCUGCAAAACAAUUCAGUUCUUAGUACAUCAGCUUUUCAACACACUGAAUCAUCUGAUGUAAAAGACCUGGAAUCUUCUGGAACAUGUCUUAAGGAUAGUGAACUAUCACCGACUGAUGAACUUUCUGGGAAGGAAAACUCGUGUCUUAUUUCUCCUCUGAGUAAAUCAAAACCGCUAGCAUUUGAUGUGCAUAUCAAAGAAGUACAAGCAGAUGUGAAAAAGUCAUUUCAAAAUAUCAAAAACCCUCCUGGCAGUGACAUUAACAAUGCUUAUCCUGUCCGCAUUCAACUACCCACAAACCAUCUUAAAACAUCACAUAUCACUAAUUAUAAAGCAACACAUCGUCAUCGGAAAAUCAGCCAGUCCUCUACCUCCACCUCCACACUGAGUCAUUUGAGCCUGAAAGCUCCUGUUGAAGACCUGUGUGCAUCCUUUCUGUUGGCGUGUUUGUUCUGCAAGUUUUGGGAUUGUGUGCUGGCCGUUGGUGAUGGAUGUCAGUACAGCGUGGCCUCUAUCUGUUCAUCCUUCUGCUCUAACGCAUGCUGUUGUGACCCUUCCUCUCUGGAGGAAUAUAUAGAUUUUUGCUCAUGUUGCAGCUGCACUGAAUACAUGGAGGCUUGCGGCUGUACUUGUGGAGAAAACACCUUUGACUGCUCCAUUUGUGAUCUCUGUCUACAGACAACUGAGUGUCUGGAACUAGGCAUGGAGCUUUCUCAGCUUCUGUUUCACUAGCUGCUCAUGACAUCUCACACUCAUUUAUAAACUGGUCAUAACAAUCACAUAAAGCUGGAAUGGAAUGUAGCAAAUGUAAUGCGCUGAUUUCAUAAGCAUGUAAAUCUGCUGGUUGAUCGUGGCUGUGAUACUGCAAGGCUGCUUUUGAUACUGCAUUAGAGGGAGAAAAAAUACAUAUGCCAUUUACAUGUCACAUGAGCCAGAAUAUAUUGAAAUAUUAAGUUUUUGUUUAGCUCAUUGCAGUUCGAGAGGCAAUAUUUGGUAAAAAUUAAGUUAUCAAAGGUAGAACUUUUAUUUACUUUGAAAAUCAACAUACAUUUUUUACAUUCGUUAGUUUUUUUUUUUUCAUUGUUAUGAAGAUAAAUUGCUUUUAUUGGCUGAUUUUGUGUGAUGCAAUGAUUCAUGAUAUGAUUUGGCAAGAUAAUGUUAGAUUGCAUUAUACUAGAUGUAUCUUAUAUUCUGUUCUUGAAUUAAAAA